GGGCAGUAACAAUCAGCAAACACUGUCUGUAAGGUACAUCUGCUUGCUUGACCUUCUUCAGCCUUAAUCUGAAUUCACUCUCAGCUAAUCACGUAGACACCAUACGCUGCUUAAACCUUUGAGUGUUUCUCCACAACUUCAUUCGUCGCAAUGAGCCUGAACAUACCCCACCGAGGCAAAGGUGGGAAGUCAACUAAGGCUGUCAUUUUGGUCGGCGGGCCGUCUAGAGGCACUCGGUUCAGACCACUUUCACUUGACGUACCAAAACCGCUUUUCGACGUCGCCGGCCAUCCUAUCAUUGAACACUGCUUUCGCGCGGUUGCGAAGGUCCCCGAAAUUAAAGAAGUCUUCAUUGUCGGCUACUACGAUGAGUCUGUCUUCCGCGAUUUUAUCAAGGACUCCUCCAAAUCCUUCCCACAAAUUCGCGUACAGUACUUGAGAGAAUACCAAGCCCUAGGGACCGCCGGCGGUCUAUAUCAUUUUCGUGAUCAGAUUUUGAAGGGUCAGCCAGAUCGACUCUUUGUGCUCAAUGCGGACGUGUGUUGCUCAUUCCCGUUGGGAGAGAUGUUGAAACUGUACGAAGACAAAGAUGCGGAGGCUGUAAUUCUGGGCACAAGAGUUAGCAACGAAGCCGCAACAAACUUUGGAUGCAUUGUCUCGGACCCACCAACGAAGCGCGUGUUGCAUUAUGUGGAGAAGCCAGAGUCGCAUAUCUCGAACCUGAUCAAUUGUGGCGUAUAUCUAUUUUCAACGGAAUGCAUCUUCCCCGCUAUCCGCUCCGCCAUCAAACGCAGGACCGAGCGACCCAGGCUGCUCUCAUACCCAUCAUCCGAGAACUUGGAGUCCUCGAUGUACCCAGGCGAUGAUGAUGAUGAGAAAGAUCAGAUGAUCCGCCUCGAGCAAGACAUCCUUUCGAGCGUAGCGGACAGUCGCCAGUUCUUCGUCCUGGAGACCAAGGACUUUUGGCGACAAAUCAAGACUGCGGGCUCUGCCGUCCCCGCAAAUGCCCUGUAUCUUACCAAGGCAUUCCAGAAUGGCUCCGAAGAGCUCGCUGCACCAUCGGCGAAUAUCCUGCCCCCUGUUUUCAUCCACCCUACUGCCAAUGUCGAUCCUACGGCAAAGCUCGGGCCUAACGUCUCUAUCGGCCCGCGUGCUAACAUUGGAGCCGGCGUCCGUAUCAAGGACUCUAUCGUGCUCGAGGAUGCAGAGAUUAAGCACGAUGCAUGUGUGCUAUACUCAAUCGUUGGCUGGGGUAGCAAAGUCGGAUGCUGGGCGCGGGUAGAAGGUACGCCCACGCCAGUCACAAGUCAUAGUACCAGUAUCGUGAAGAACGGUGUCAAAGUGCAGAGCGUCACUAUCUUGGGUAAAGAGUGUGCCGUUGGGGAUGAGGUCAGAGUGCAGAACUGUGUUUGUCUGCCUUACAAAGAGCUCAAGAGGGAUGUCGCGAACGAGGUCAUCAUGUAAACAGCACACGACUCGUUCAAACUCUAUUUUAGACAGCCAACAAACCUAGCAUCACAAGUAUAUAUAAAUUAAUCAACGACAGCCAUGAAGCGCUACACCAAG